AUGGACAAAAAAAGAAAGUUCACAGAAUCUGUCAGGGGUACCCAGCUAGCCACUGUGAAAGGGUUCUUGCAGCUGACCAUGAUGGGCCACUUUCGCGACCAUUGCAACCAAAAGAGUUUCUACUCACUCCCAUUGGCUAUUGUGCGUCAAAUGCCCAUGCAGCAGCUGGACCUUGCAUCGACAACGCUUCUGGCUUACAAGGGACAAGGGGCUCAUGGCAAUGGACUGCUUCCCCUGACAGAUCAGGCAAACACAUUGCCUUUGGAAGAUCGGUGCAGAUUGGUCACAGAACAACAUGCCGAGAGCGAUGGUUCUUGCAGUUUUCUGGAUGCGUUACAAGAUGAAGCGGGCGAUGAACGUGACAUGGAGGUUGAAGGCAAAAUUGUUCCAGCUGCGGUUGCCCAACCCGCCAGGUGGGACACACCAGGUCUUGGAAAUCAGCUUCAGCAACUGGUGGAGUCCGCAAAUAUGAAUGGAUUGGUGCUCUUUCGCGUCAGUGACAUGAUGCCAGCCAGAAAGAAAAGGCCACUUUCUGCCAGUGACAACAUUCAAUGGUCCGACUUUGCAAUUCGUUUGCAUGAUGUUCUGGAUACAAUUGUUGAUGAGGCGGGGCAAAUAUGCAAAGUGUGGGCUCGCCAGGGGGUAGGAAGUGAGGUUCCCCUGGCACAGCUCUUCAUGACAAAGGACCCCCAGGAGAUCAUUGCCAAUAUGUAUCAAUGGGAAAUGCAAAAUGAAAUCCGAGAAGAUGAACCAGAUGUAUUCUUGCUGAAGCGAAGCCGUCGAGCCUUUCAAUCGCGAGUGGGAGUGCCACAUACAUUGGCCACAGUGGAUGUGGACAAGGGGCUGAAACCAACCAUCUUCGAACUGCAUUUGCUUUUGGAAGAGCAGGGCUGGGUAUUCAAGAGCCAUUCAAACAUUUCACUGCAAGCUUUGAAGCGAACCCCCAUUACAGCAGACAGGAAGGUAUAUUUCGCGAGAGGGUUCUGGCAUGCUUUGGUAUUGUUGAACGUGGUAGAGUUGCUGACCUACCAAGAGAAGAUCUACCACGCGCAACUGGAUGCAUAUUAUGAAGCGAUCUUCCGUCUUGCAGCUUCAGGACGGACGGACCAACUGCGAGACCACAGUGGCAGUUUAGUGAGUGCGUGA